GAGCUGCCUCUCCGCCAGCGACGGCGCUGCGUCACGGGCUUUUAGGCGCUUUGCUCUUAGAGACAGCAACUGCUGUGGGGCCGAGCGCUGGCCUCUGGCGCUACUGGAGCCAGGUGUUCGGCGCGAUGAGGCGCAGCAAAGCCGAGGUGGAGCGAUACAUCGCCUCGGUGCAGGGCUCUGCACCGUCGCCCCGAGAGAAGUCAAUGAAAGGAUUCUAUUUUGCAAAGUUGUAUUAUGAAGCUAAAGAAUAUGAUCUUGCUAAAAAAUACAUAUCUACAUAUAUUAAUGUGCAAGAGAGGGAUCCCAAAGCUCACAGAUUUCUGGGUCUUCUUUAUGAAGUAGAGGAAAACACAGACAAAGCUGUUGAGUGUUACAAGCGUUCAGUGGAAUUAAAUCCAACACAAAAAGAUCUCGUGUUGAAGAUCGCAGAAUUGCUUUGUAAAAAUGAUGUUACUGAUGGACGAGCAAAAUACUGGGUUGAAAGAGCAGCUAAACUUUUUCCGGGAAGUCCAGCAAUUUAUAAACUAAAGGAACAGCUUUUGGAUUGUAAUGGUGAAGAUGGAUGGAAUAAACUUUUUGACUUGAUUCAGUCAGAACUUUAUGCAAGGCCUGAUGAUGUCCAUGUGAAUAUCCGACUAGUGGAGUUGUAUCGCACAAAUAAAAGAUUGAAGGAUGCUGUGGCUCACUGCCAUGAGGCAGAGAGGAACAUAGCUUUGCGUUCAAGUUUAGAAUGGAACACGUGUGUUGUACAGACCCUUAAGGAAUAUCUGGAAUCUUUACGGUGUUUGGAGUCUGAUAAAAGUAACUGGCAAACAACCAGUAAAGACUUACUUCUGGCCUAUGCUAAUCUCAUGCAUCUUACACUUUCCAGUAGAGAUGUGCAGGAAAGUAGAGACUUAUUGGAAAGUUUUGAUACUGCUCUUCAGUCUGUGAAAUCUUCUGUGGGUGGAAAUGAUGAACUGUCAGCUACUUUCUUAGAAAUGAAAGGACAUUUCUACAUGCAUGCUGGUUCUCUGCUUUUGAAGAUGGGUCAGCAUAGUGAUGUACAGUGGCGAGCUCUCUCUGAGCUGGCUGCACUGUGCUAUGUCAUAGCAUUUCAGGUUCCAAGACCAAAGAUUAAAUUAAUAAAAGGAGAAGCUGGACAAAAUCUGCUGGAAAUGAUGGCAUAUGAUCGUCUGAGCCAGUCAGGACACAUGUUGCUAAACUUAAGUCGUGGAAAGCAAGAUUUUUUAAGAGAGGUUGUGGAAUCUUUCGCCAAUAAAAGUGGGCAGUCUACUUUAUAUGAUGCUCUGUUUUCUAGUCAAUCACAUAAGGAUAGAUCUUUCCUUGGUGGUGAUGAUUUUGGAAACAUUGAUGGACAAGUGCCAGAACCUGAUGAUUUGGCUAGAUAUGAUGUUGGUGCCAUUCGAGCUCAUAACGGUAGUCUUCAACACCUUACUUGGCUUGGAUUACAGUGGAAUUCAUUGCCUACUUUACCUGCAAUUCGAAAAUGGCUAAAACAGCUUUUUCAUCAUUUGCCCCAGGAAACCUCAAGACUUGAAACAAAUGCACCUGAGUCAAUAUGUAUUUUAGAUCUUGAAGUAUUUCUACUUGGAGUGAUAUACACCAGCCACCUACAAUUAAAGGAGAAAUGUAGUUCUCACUAUAGCGCCUAUCAGCCUUUAUGCUUACCUCUUCCUGUGUGUAAACAGCUUUAUACAGAAAGACAAAAAACUUGGUGGGAUGCAGUUUGUAAUCUGAUUCUCAGAAAAGCAGUACCUGGAACCUCAGCAAAAUUGCGACUUCUAGUUCAACAUGAAAUAAAUACUCUAAGAGGCCAGGAAAAACAUGGCCUACAACCUGCUCUGCUUGUACAUUGGGCAAAAUGCCUUCAGAAAACGGGUAGCGGUCUUAACUCUUUUUACGAUCAACGGGAAUACAUAGGCAGAAGUGUUCAUUAUUGGAAAAAAGUGUUACCUUUACUGAAGAUAAUCAAAAAGAAGUGCAGUAUUCCUGAACCUACUGAUCCUCUGUUUAAACAUUUUCAUAGUGCAGACAUUCAGGCAUCUGAAAUUGGUGAAUAUGAAGAAGAUGCACAUGUAACUUUUGCUAUAUUGGAUGUAGUUAAUGGAAAUAUAGAAGAUGCUAUGACUGCUUUUGAAUCUAUAAAAAAUGUUGUUUCUUAUUGGAAUCUCGCACUGAUUUUUCACAGGAAGGCAGAAGACAUUGAAAAUGAUGCCCUUUCUCCUGAAGAACAAGAAGAGUGCAAAAAUUAUCUGAGAAAGACCAGGGACUACCUACUAAAGAUUAUAGAUGACAGUGAUUCAAAUCUUUCAGUAGUCAAGAAAUUGCCUGUGCCUCUGGAGUCUGUAAAAGAGAUGCUUAAUUCAGUCAUGCAGGAACUUGAAGACUACAGUGAAGGAGGUCCUUUUUAUAAAAAUGGUUCUUGGCGAAAUGCAGAUGGAGAAAUAAAACAUUCACCAUCUCCCACCAAAUACUCAUUCUCUCCAAGUAAAAGUUACAGGUAUUCUCCCAGAACACCACCUCAAUGGGCAGAAGAUCAGAAUUCUUUACUGAAAAUGAUUUGCCAACAAGUAGAGGCCAUUAAGAAAGAAAUGCAGGAACUGAAACUAAAUAGCAGUAACUCAGCAUCCCCUCAUCGUUGGCCUACAGAGAAUUAUGGAUUAGACACAGUGCCUGAUGGCUAUCAGGGAUCACAGACUUUUCAGGGGACUCCACUAACAGUUGCAACUACUGGCUCUCCAGUAUAUUAUAGUCAGUCACCAGCAUAUAAUUCCCAGUACCUUCUCAGACCAGCAGCUAAUGUUACUCCCACAAAGGGUCCAGUCUAUGGCAUGAAUAGGCUUCCACCCCAACAGCAUAUUUAUGCCUGUUCCCAACAGAUGCACACACCACCAGUGCAAAGCUCAUCUGCUUGCAUGUUCUCUCAGGAGAUGUAUGGUCCUCCUACAUUGCGUUUUGAUCCUCCUUCAACAGGAAUUUUAUCUCCCAGGGGCGAUGAUUAUCUUAAUUACAAUGUUCAACAGACAAGCACAAAUCCACCUUUGCCGGAACCAGGAUACUUCACAAAACCUCCAGUUGCAGCUCAUGCCUCAAGAUCUGCAGAAUCUAAGGUUAUAGAAUUUGGGAAAACUAAUUUUGUUCAGCCCAUGCUGGGUGAAGGAAUAAGACCAUCUUUGACAACAUCAGUACAUACAACACAGUCAACUCCUUUUAAAUUUAACUCAAAUUUCAAAUCAAAUGAUGGUGACUUCACAUUUUCCUCACCACAGGUUGUGACACAGCCUGCUCCUGCAACUUACAGUAACAGUGAAAGCCUUUUAGGUCUCCUAACUUCAGAUAAACCUUUGCAAGGAGAUGGCUAUAGUGGACCAAAAUCAGUUCCUAGUCAAGCCAAUAGGCCUCAAAAUACAUUCAAUUUUGAAAGCAGAAAUAUGCCUGGAAUUUCAUUUACAGAAAACAUGGGGCCAAAUCAGCAAAAGAAUUCUGGGUUUCGUCGGAGUGAUGAUAUGUUUACUUUCCAUGGUCCAGGCAAAUCAAUAUUUGGAACCCCUGCUCCAGAGCUGGCAAACAAGAAUCAUGAAAUAGAUGGAGGAAGUGCUCAAGGGGAUGAUGAUGAUGAUGGCCCUCACUUUGAGCCUGUGGUACCUCUUCCCGAUAAGAUUGAAGUAAAAACUGGUGAAGAAGAUGAGGAAGAGUUCUUUUGCAAUCGUGCAAAAUUGUUCCGUUUUGAUGGAGAAUCAAAAGAAUGGAAGGAACGUGGGAUUGGCAAUGUAAAAAUACUAAGGCAUAAAACAUCUGGUAAAAUUCGUCUUCUCAUGAGACGAGAACAAGUAUUGAAAAUCUGUGCAAAUCAUUACAUCAGUCCAGAUAUGAAACUGACACCAAAUGCUGGAUCAGACCGUUCUUUUGUAUGGCAUGCCCUCGAUUAUGCAGAUGAGUUGCCAAAACCAGAACAACUUGCUAUUAGAUUCAAAACACCUGAGGAAGCAGCACUUUUUAAGCGCAAGUUUGAAGAGGCCCAGAGCAUUUUAAAAGCCAUAGGAACAAAUGUAGCCACAGCACCAAAUCAGACAAUCAGAAUUGUAAAAGAACCUACAAGUCAUGAUAACAAAUCUGAUGCUGGAAACAUGAAUUUUGAAUUUCAAGUUGCAAAGAAAGAAGGAUUUUGGUGGCAUUGUAAUAGCUGCUCAUUAAAGAAUGCUGCAAAUGCUAAGAAAUGUGUAUCAUGCCAAAAUCUAAAUCCAAGCAAUAAAGAGCUGGUUGGUCCACCAUUAGUUGAUGCUGUUUUUGCUCCUAAAACUGGCCCAGAAAAUGCUCAAGAUAGAUUUGCAUUGAUGACUCCAAAGAAAGAAGGUCACUGGGAUUGUAGUGUUUGUUUAGUAAGAAAUGAACCUACUGUGUCUAGGUGCAUUACAUGCCAGAAUACAAAAUCUGCUAACAAAAGUGGAUCUUCAUUUGUUCAUCAAGCUUCCUUUAAAUUUGGCCAGGGAGAUCUUCCUAAGUCUGUUAACAGCGAUUUUAGAUCUGUUUUUUCUACAAAGGAGGGACAAUGGGUUUGUAACACAUGCUUGGUACAAAAUGAGGGAAGCUCUUCAAAAUGUGUUGCUUGUCAGAAUCCAAGGAAACAAAACCUCCCUACUACUACUGUUUCAGCACCUGCCUCUUUUAAGUUUGGUACUUCAGAGAUAAGUAAAACUCAAAAGAGUGGAUUUGAGGACAUGUUUGCAAAGAAGGAAGGACAGUGGGAUUGCAGCUCAUGCUUAGUGCGAAAUGAAGCAAAUGCUACAAAAUGUGUUGCUUGUCAGAAUCCAUUUAAACCAAGUUCAUCUACUUCUGCCGUUCCAGCUCCUGCCUCUUUUAAAUUUGGUACCUCGGAGACAAGCAAGUCUCCAAAGAGUGGGUUUGAAGGAAUGUUCACCAGGAAGGAAGGGCAGUGGGAUUGCAGUGUGUGCUUAGGAAGAAAUGAAGCCAAUGCCACCAAAUGUAGUGCCUGUCAGAAUCCAGGCAAACAGAGUCAGCCAGCUUCUGUUACUUCAGCACCUGCCUCUUCAGAGACAAGCAAGGCUCCAAAGAGUGGAUUUGAAGGAAUGUUCAUCAAAAAGGAAGGGCAGUGGGAUUGUGGUGUUUGCUUUGUACAAAAUGAGAGUUCUUCCUUAAAAUGUGUAGCUUGUGAUGCCGCCAAACCUGUUGCAGAAGUUCCGUCAGCUUUCACAUUGGGCUCAAAAACAAAGUUAAACGAGACUUCUGGAAGUCAGGUGGGAACAGGAUUUAAAAGUAACUUUUCAGAAAAAGCUUUUAAAUUUGGCAACACAGAGCAAGGAUUUAAAUUUGGGCAUGUGGAUCAAGUAAAUAUGCCUUCAUUUACAUUUCAGGGUUCUUCUAAUACAGAAUCCAAGUCAACAAAAGACGGAUUUAGUUUUUCCAUUCCUGUGUCUGCUGAUGGAUUUAAAUUUGGCAUUCAGGAACCAGGAAAUCAAGAGAAGAAGAAUGAAAAGCACCUUGAAAAUGAAACUGGUUUCCUGGCUCAGGAUGUUAAUAGCCAGAAGAAUGGUAGUGGUGUGAUUUUUGGUCAGACAGGUAGCACUUUUACCUUUGCAGAUCUUGCAAAAUCAACUUCAGGAGAAGGAUUUCAGUUUGGCAAAAAAGACCCUAACUUCAAGGGAUUUUCAGGUGCUGGAGAAAAAUUAUUCUCAUCACAGAGUGGUAAAGUAGCUGAUAAAGCCAACACUUCUACUGACCUUGAGAAAGAUGAUGAUGCCUAUAAAACUGAGGACAAUGAUGACAUCCAUUUUGAACCAGUAGUUCAAAUGCCUGAAAAAGUGGAACUUGUAACAGGAGAGGAAGAUGAAAAGGUUCUGUAUUCACAGCGGGUAAAAUUAUUUAGAUUUGAUGCUGAGAUAAGUCAGUGGAAAGAAAGGGGUUUAGGGAACUUAAAAAUUCUCAAAAAUGAGGUCAAUGGCAAGCUACGAAUGCUCAUGCGAAGAGAACAAGUGCUGAAAGUGUGUGCUAAUCAUUGGAUAACAACUACAAUGAACCUGAAGCCUCUCUCUGGGUCAGAUAGAGCAUGGAUGUGGUUAGCUAGUGAUUUCUCUGAUGGUGAUGCCAAACUAGAGCAGUUGGCAGCAAAAUUUAAAACACCAGAGCUGGCAGAAGAAUUCAAGCAGAAAUUUGAGGAGUGCCAGCGACUUCUUUUAGAUAUACCACUUCAGACUCCCCAUAAACUUGUAGAUACUGGCAGAGCUGCCAAGUUAAUACAGAGAGCUGAAGAAAUGAAGAGUGGACUGAAAGAUUUCAAAACAUUUUUGACAAAUGAUCAAACAAAAGUUACUGAUGAAGAGAAUAAGAAUUCAGGUACAGGUGCUGCCAGUGUUUCAGACAUGACAAUUAAGCCAAAUCCUGAAAACACAGGACCCACAUUAGAAUGGGACAACUAUGAUUUAAGGGAAGAUGCUUUGGAUGAUAGUAGUAGAUCGGUACAGUCUUCUCCAUUGGCAAGUAGCCCUGUGAGAAAAAAUCUCUUUCGAUUUGGUGAGUCGACAACAGGUUUUAAUUUCAGUUUUAAAUCUGCCUUGAGUCCAUCUAAGUCUCCUGCCAAGUUGAAUCAGAGUGGGACUUCAGUUGGCACUGAUGAAGAAUCUGAUGUUACUCAAGAAGAAGAGAGGGAUGGACAGUACUUUGAACCUGUUGUACCUUUACCUGAUCUAGUUGAAGUAUCCAGUGGUGAGGAAAAUGAACAAGUUGUUUUUAGUCAUAGAGCAAAACUCUACAGAUAUGAUAAAGAUGUUGGUCAGUGGAAAGAAAGGGGCAUUGGUGAUAUAAAGAUUUUACAGAAUUACGAUAACAAACAAGUUCGUAUAGUGAUGAGAAGGGACCAGGUAUUAAAACUUUGUGCCAAUCACAGAAUAACUCCAGACAUGACUUUGCAAAAUAUGAAAGGGACAGAAAGAGUGUGGGUAUGGACUGCGUGUGAUUUUGCAGAUGGAGAAAGAAAAGUAGAACAUUUAGCUGUCCGUUUUAAACUACAAGAUGUUGCAGACUCCUUUAAGAAAAUUUUUGAUGAAGCAAAAACAGCCCAAGAAAAAGAUUCUUUGAUAACACCUCAUGUUUCUUGUUCAAGCACUCCCAGAGAGUCACCGUGUGGCAAAAUUGCUGUAGCAGUUUUAGAAGAAACCACAAGAGAGAGAACAGAUUUAAUUCAGAGUGAUGAUGUAGCUGAUGCAACUUCAGAAGUUGGAGAAGUUUCUAGCACAUCUGAAACAACAACAAAAGCAGUGGUUUCUCCUCCAAAGUUUGUAUUUGGUUCAGAGUCUGUUAAAAGCAUUUUUAGUAGUGAAAAAUCAAAACCAUUUGCAUUUGGCAACAGUUCAGCAACUGGGUCUUUGUUUGGAUUUAGUUUUAAUACACCUUUGAAAAAUAACAGCAGUGAAACUAAUUCAGUACCGAGUGGAUCUGAAAGAAAAGUGGAACCAAACGAAUGUGAACUGUCAAAGAACCCUGAUGGCAAACAAUCUUCAGAUGGCAAAGUCAAAAAUCUAUUUUUGACUCCAAAGGAAGAGUCCUCCAUUAAUUAUGCAUUUAAAACACCAGAAAAAGGAUUUAAUUUUAGCCUUUUUAAAUCUAAUCCCAUGGCCUUUUGGACCAGCACCCCUUCUUCACAGCCUGAGAGCAAAGCAAAAGAGAAGGAAAUAUCUGAAGAUCCUUCCUCAGAUGAUGAUGUUCUCAUUGUGUAUGAACUAACUCCGACUGCUGAGCAGAAAGCCCUUGCAACCAAACUCAAACUUCCUCCAACUUUCUUCUGCUAUAAGAAUAGACCAGAUUAUGUUAGUGAAGAAGAGGAGGAUGAUGAAGAUUUUGAAACAGCUGUCAAGAAACUUAAUGGAAAACUAUAUCUGGAUGACUCAGAAAAAUGUUGGCCAUUGGAGAAAAAUCUAGCAGAUAAUGAGAAGGAAUGUGUUAUUGUUUGGGAAAAGAAACCAACAGUUGAAGAGAAGGCGAAAGCAGAUACAUUAAAACUUCCACCUACUUUUUUUUGUGGAGUCUGCAGUGAUACUGAUGAAGAUAAUGGAAAUGGGGAAGACUUUCAAUCAGAGCUUCAAAAAGUUCAGGAAGCUCAAAAACCUCCCAGUGAAGAAGUAACUAGCCCAGCCAAAAGUGCAUGUACAGGUGGGACUGAAGUAACAGUACCUUUUUUCAGUAAAUCUGAAGAACCUGAGUCUGUUAACAAAUCUCCUAGUUCACCACUUGUGUCUUCUGAAACUGCAGACAAACCUGUAGAUUUGUCUGCUAGAAAGGAAAUUGAUGCAGAUUCUACAAGCCAAGUAGAAAGCAAAACAGUUUCAUUUGGAUUUGGAAGUAGCACAGGGCUGUCAUUUGCAGACUUGGCUUCCAGUAAUUCUGGAGAUUUUGCUUUUGGUUCUAAAGAUAAAAAUUUUCAGUGGGCAAAUACCGGGGCAACUGUGUUUGGAACACAAUCAACCAGUAAAGUUGGCGAGGAUGAAGAAGGUAGUGAUGAAGAAGUAGUUCAUAAUGAAGAUAUCCAUUUUGAGCCAAUAGUGUCAUUACCAGAGGUAGAAGUAAAAUCUGGAGAGGAAGAUGAAGAAAUUUUGUUUAAAGAAAGAGCCAAACUUUACAGAUGGGAUCGGGAUGUCAAUCAGUGGAAAGAGCGUGGUGUUGGAGAUAUAAAGAUUCUUUGGCAUACAGUGAAGAACUACUAUCGGAUCCUAAUGAGAAGAGACCAGGUCUUUAAAGUGUGUGCAAACCAUGUUAUUACCAAAACAAUGGAAUUAAAACCCUUAAAUGUUUCAAAUAAUGCUUUAGUUUGGACUGCCUCAGAUUAUGCUGAUGGUGAAGCAAAAGUAGAGCAACUUGCAGUGAGAUUUAAAACUAAAGAUGUGGCUGAUUUUUUUAAGAAAAAAUUUGAAGAAUGUCAACAGAAUUUAUUGAAACUCCAGAAAGGACAUGUAUCACUGGCAGCAGAAUUAUCAAAGGAGACCAACCCUGUGGUGUUUUUUGAUGUUAGUGCAGAUGGUGAGCCUCUAGGACGUAUAACCAUGGAACUAUUUUCCAACAUUGUUUCUCGAACUGCUGAGAACUUCAGAGCACUGUGCACUGGAGAGAAAGGCUUUGGUUUCAAGAACUCCAUUUUUCACAGAGUAAUUCCAGAUUUUGUUUGUCAGGGGGGAGAUAUCACCAAACAUGAUGGAACAGGUGGAAAGUCAAUUUAUGGAGACAAAUUUGAAGAUGAAAACUUUGAUGUGAAACAUACCGGUCCUGGGUUACUCUCCAUGGCCAAUCGAGGCCGGGAUACCAAUAAUUCUCAGUUUUUUAUAACAUUGAAGAAAGCAGAACAUUUGGACUUUAAGCAUGUAGUGUUUGGGUUUGUUAAGGAUGGCAUGGAUACUGUGAGAAAGAUUGAAUCAUUUGGUUCUCCUAAAGGGUCUGUUAAUAAAAGAAUAAGUAUCACAGAAUGUGGACAGCUAUAAAAUCAUUGAUUUUCAUAGUAAAUUUUUUCUGUAUAAGCAGUUGAAUUGAAGCUUAGCUGUUAAAGGCAAUAUAGUAAUUAUGUUCAGCUUUUGAAAAUGGACGUUUUUGAUGUAUAAAUGUAAAAAUGCAGCUUAUAGCUGUUGUCACUUUUUAAUGUGUUAUAAUUGACCUUGCAUGGUAUGAAAUAAAAGUUUUAACACUGGUGUAUUUCAGGUGUACUUGUGUUUAUGUACUCCUGAUAUAUUUGUAUUACAAUGGAACAAUAUUAAUCUUGUUAAAAGCAAUAGACCUUCUUAAACUAUUGAAGGAAUAUGAUAUAUGCAAUUUAAAUUUUAUUUCCUUUUAAGAUAUUUGGACUUCUGCAUGGAUAUACUUACCAUUUAAAUAAAGGGACCACAACUUGAUAAUUUUAUUUUAGAUUUGAAUAUAUUUGAUAAUCUUAACUAUUUGUUGUGUUCAUUUAUGCAUACUCAUUUUUGAAUAGGUAGAGCAACAGAAGGUUGAGUUAACUGAAGUGCUCUUCUGUAAUCUUUACGCCUCCUGUAUAGCUAUAAGUUAACUUUUAAUAGAGUACCUUUCUUUCUUAAAAUAUGUAGCAUUCUGUGCCUUUUCAAAGGUAUUAAAUUAAUUUUUACAUUUUAAACAAGUUGACUAUUUUCCUUGGUUGUAUUUAUGGGGUUUUUUUGUUUUUUCCUUUUUAAACUUUCAUCUGUCUCUACUACCUCAGAAACUGCAGCUUGGUUCCGAUGAUAGAUUUUGCAUUUUUCCUUGCAGUUAUUGUGAUAAACUAUGAAUCACAGUGAUUUUUAGAAAGUCCAUACCAUGGUCUUGGUUAAAGAUUUGCUUUAUAAUAGAUUGUUGCAGUUCUUUUUCUGGUGAAUUUUGUAGCAGAAAUAGAAUGACAAUUCAUAAGA